UCAUCAAUUUAUUUCAAUUCUAAACUUAAACAGUUUCAUAUACAUAUUUACAAAAUAAAAAUAAACUUCGGCACAUCAUGAAAAUGGACACACAUUCCAAAUAUAUUUGCCUGAUUGGUAUUUUAUACAUUAUCGGUUCUAUACUCUUUGCCAUGGAUCCUAUAAUGACAUUGAUUGGAAAGCUAAAUGCUCAAGAAAAUGGUAAUUAUGACCUAAGUACAACUGAACUCAUUUUCAAUAUAGCAUCAAUUGGAUUUUAUGUUUUGAUGCUGAGCUUAGCGGGUUUAAUGAUUCGGGGUGUUAUGAAGCAACGUCAUUUAUUAGUGGCUCCAUUUUUAGUAAUCACCUCUUUUAUUUUGGCUGCCAUGAUUUUUGUGUUUUCCAUGGAUGUUUUUGUAGAAUUCCGAACAUCAUUUUACUUUUUCCAAGAUUCUUUAUAUACAAUGGGUGUACAAAUCAUGGUUCUAUAUCCCAUUUACACUCUGUUUGUGAAACUUCGCUCCAGAUCUCUAAAAGAAAAAUUAGCUGCAGAGUCUUCCUUUGAAUCCGAAAAGAAAAACGUUGAUAUGAUGACUCAAAAAGUAUGUGUGUUAUAAAGCGGACUUAAAGGGCAUUUAUUAAGUGAUAAUAUUUUAAUAAUAAGAUUUUAUGUAUUUAAUUCAUUAAAUAAUAAUGUGAAUUGUAAAUUUUAAUGCAAUAAAAAUAAA